AUGAAAUCAGUCGACACAUUGUCGGCCGCAGCUAGUCGGCAGCAACGUGCAUUGGAUCACUUGGGCGAUCUCGCACGCCUUGAAGAAGCUCAAAUUGUCGGACUUAACUCCAAACAACGAGAUUUGGUACAGGCGAUUACAGACAGCAAGCGUCAUUUUGCAGAGGAGCAGGUGGAGGCACGACGCUUGACAGAAGAGAGAGACCACAAAGCUAAUGGUACAUCAGACUUGCCUAUAAAGACUCCAUUAUAUAUUUUAAUCGUUGUUAAGUCCAUAAGAAUUCGCUUAAAAUAG